AUGGCCACCACGACGGCGACGGAGAGCCUGUCCAAUGGAGAAGGACCUGUCCAUGAGGAUCAAGGAGACAACCUCAGACCCGAGGAUUUAUCCGAGAUGCUGGCCGCCGGCACCAAGGACGUUCACGAACAGGCGGAGAACACUCAAUUCGUAAAGGACUUUCUGCGAGGGCGCAUUCGCAAAGAGCUCUUCAAGCUGGGAGCCGUGGCUCUCUACUACACUUAUAGCGCCAUGGAGGAGGAAAUGGAGCGAAACAAGGAGCACCCUCAUUUGGCCCCGCUUUAUUUCCCCGUCGAGCUGCACCGCCACGAGGCGCUGGCCCGGGACCUGGAGUUCUUCUACGGCGCCGAGUGGGAGAGCCAGAUCCGCCUUUCCCCGGCCACCGAGCGCUACGUGGAGCGUAUCCGCGAAGUGGGGCGGGAGGACCCGGCGCUGCUGGUGGCCCACGCGUACACCCGCUACAUGGGCGACCUGUCCGGCGGACAGGUGCUGAAGAAGGUGGCGCAGAGGGCCCUUAAGCUCCCCGCCACGGGAGAGGGACUGGAGUUCUACAUGUUCGACGCCAUCGACAGCCCCAAGGCCUUCAAGCAGCUCUACCGCAGCCGCAUGAACCAACUGGAACUGGAUGCCGAGUCCAAGAAGAGAGUGGUGGAUGAAGCCGUCAAAGCCUUUCACUUCAACAUGGAGGUUUUCCAGGAGCUGGAGGAAAUGGGCAAACCCAUCGAAGAGGAGGACGACACUGAAAACGGAAUGCCCGUUCACGGAGACGCCACGGGCGACGUCAGCAAAUGCCCCUAUUACGCUGCCAAAACGGCGGCAGCAGACGGGACGACUCACGCGUGUCAACUAGCCAUGGCUAUGUUGCAUCACCCCAGCGGCCAAGUCCUGGUGGCCAUCUGCGUGGCCCUUUUAGCCAGCCUGGUUGCCUGGUAUCUCAUGUAA